GGAGCCAAGGGCCCCGAGCGGCCGGCAGCAAGAUGAAUGGGGCCCAGAGCUAUAAGAGCGGCCGCGCUCGCUGGGCCCGCAGCCAUGCUGCUCCUCGCGCUGCUGCUGCUGAGCGCGCUGGCCGGCGCCCGCCUGCUCUGGGGCCGGUGGCGGCGCCGGAGCCUCCACCUCCCACCUCUCGCCCCCGGCUUCCUGCACCUGCUGCAGCCCAACCUCCCCGCCCACCUGCUGGGCCUGGCUCAGACCCUGGGGCCUGUGUACAGGCUCCGCCUCGGGCUGCAAGACGUGGUGGUGCUGAACUCCAAGAAGGCCAUCGAGGAGGCCAUGGUCAAGAAGUGGGUGGACUUUGCCGGCAGACCCCAGAUACCAUCCUACGCACUGGUGUCCCGGCACAACCAGGACCUCUCCCUGGGGGACUACUCCCCGCUCUGGAAGGCGCACAAGAAGCUCACGCGCUCCGCCCUGCUGCUGGGCAUGCGCGGCUCCCUGGAGCCCCUGGUGGAGCAGCUGACCCAGGGGUUCUGUGAGAGCCUGUGGGCCCGGGCCGGCGCCCCGGUGGACAUCCAGGAGGAGUUCUCUCUCCUCACCUGCAGCAUCAUCUGCCACCUCACCUUCGGAGACCAGGUAACCUCAGCUCCCCCGCCCGCCCAGCCUCUGCCCUCCGCCCUCACCUGGCUGCACCCCGCCCCCCAGGAGGACGCCGUGGUGCGUGCCUUCCACGACUGCGUCCAGGACUUGAUGAAGACCUGGGACCACUGGUCCAUCCACAUUUUGGACAUCGUUCCCUUCCUCAGGUUCUUCCCCAGCCCCGGGCUCCGGCGGCUGCAGCAGGCGGUGGCGAACCGGGACCGCAUUGUGGAGGGGCAGCUGAGGCGGCACAAGGAGAGCAUGGUGGCCGGCCGCUGGCGCGACGCCACGGACUACAUGCUGCAGGGGGUGGGCCAGGCGCCGGCCGGCCGGGGCUCCGGGCAGCUCCUCGAGGGGCACGUGCACAUGUCCGUGGUGGACCUUUUCAUCGGCGGCACCGAGACCACCUCGACCACCCUCUCCUGGGCCGUGGCCUUUCUGCUCCACCACCCUGAGGUCCAGAGGCGGCUGCAGGAGGAGCUGGACCGCGAGUUGGGCCCCGGGGCCUGGCGCUCCCCGGUCCCCUACAAGGACCGCGCUCGGCUGCCCCUGCUCAACGCCACCAUCGCCGAGGUGCUGCGCCUGCGGCCGGUCGUGCCCCUGGCCCUGCCGCACCGCACCACGCGGCCCAGCAGCAUCUCCGGCUACGACAUCCCCGAGGGCACGGUGGUCAUCCCCAACCUCCAAGGCGCCCACCUGGACGAGACUGUCUGGGAGCGGCCGCACGAGUUCUGGCCCGACCGCUUCCUGGCCCCGGGCGGGAGCCCCGGCACGCUGGCCUUCGGCUGCGGGGCGCGGGUGUGCCUGGGCGAGCCGCUGGCGCGCCUGGAGCUGUUCGUGGUGCUGCGGCGCCUGCUGCAGGCCUUCACGCUGCGGCCGCCCGCGGGCGCCCUGCCCUCCCUGCAGCCCCAGCCGCCGGGCGGCGUCAACCUCACGGUGCAGCCUUUCCAGGUGCGGCUGCAGCCCCGGGGGGCGGGCGCCCAGGGCCCGGGCCAGUGA